UUCUGAUUGGCUGCAACAUUUGACUGCCGGAGGCGUGUCCAUGGAGCAUGCGUGCUGGACAGCGUGUAGAGCGUGUGAGAGUAAAGAAAGUUUUCCUCGAGCUUGUUGCUCUCCGCUAUAACUGUCUUAGCACAGGGACCCACCGCACGCGCGACACAAUACAGCCGCUUCUACUCCAACCAGAGAACGGGUCAGGGUAAGGCAACGUACUUGUGUAAAACUCUGAGAUAUUCGGAGAUUGCAGCAGCGCGUUACACACGGACAUCGAAGGAGAGACUCAGAGAGACAAAGGAGACACAGAAAGACAGAGAGGGUGCGCGUGUUUGUGUCGGUGGGGAUGAAGAUCCAGUUCGCGCCGCUCAACGUUCCAUUCCAGCGGCGCCUGCAAACGGCGGCGGUGUUACAGUGGCUGUUCUCCUUUCUCGCGCUUGCCCAGGUGUGUCUGGCUGUGUUCGUGCUGCUGGUGGUCAGUGACUGGUGGCUGGUGGCAGUGCUGUAUGCUGGUUGGCUGUGGUUGGACCGGGACACGCCCAGCUGCGGGGGUCGGAGGUCAGAUUGGAUGAGGAACUGGAGCGUCUGGAAGCAUUUCAGAAACUACUUCCCUAUCUCCCUGGUGAAGACGGUGGACCUGGACCCAUCAUAUAACUUCCUGUUUGGGUUCCACCCCCAUGGCGUCCUUGUGGCCGGGGCCUUUGGGAACUUCUGCACAGAAGCUUCCGGGUUCUCCUCGCUGUUCCCCGGGCUGCGCCCACACCUGCUCAUGCUGCCCUUCUGGUUCAGGGUCCCCUUCUUCAGGGACUACAUCAUGGGUGGAGGGCUGGUGUCCAGUGAGAAGGCCAGUGCGUCCUACCUGCUGUCCAGGCCAGGAGGGGGCAGUGUGGCGGUGCUGGCUGUAGGGGGCGCGCCAGAGUCCCUGGAGGCUCGGCCAGGAGCCCUCAGGCUGCAGAUACGCAACCGCAAGGGUUUCAUCAAGCUGGCCCUGAAGCAUGGGGCCCAGCUGGUCCCCGUGUUCUCCUUCGGUGAGAACGAGCUGUUUGACCAGAUGCCCAACCCAGCCGGCUCCCCACUGAGACACCUGCAGGAGUGGCUGCAGGGCAUCAUGGGAGUAGCUCUGCCGCUGUUCCACGCCCGUGGAGUGUUCCAGUACAACUACGGGCUCAUGCCAUACAGACAGCCCAUACACACCUUGGCGCCCCCAUCCGAGUGGAGCAGACAGCAAGUCCCAGCUGUGAGGACAUCGAGCGUCUCCACUCCAGAUACCUGCAGGAGCUCAGCCAGCUGUUUGAGGAGCACAAGAUUCACUACAGCAUCCCUGCUGACCAGCACCUGCUGUUCAUCUAGACUCACACACACACACACCUGCUGUUCAUCUAGACUCACACACACACACACACCUGCUGUUCAUCUAGACUCACACACACACACACCUGCUGUUCAUCUAGACUCACACACACACACCUGCUGUUCAUCUAGACUCACACACACACACACACCUGCUGUUCAUCUAGACUCACACACACACACUCCUGCUCACACACACCUGCUGUUUAAUUUAGUCACACACACACCUGCUCACACACUCGUGUAUGGUACUGUUCUUCAGGAUAAUGGGAGGAUCAGGCAGAGGUCAGAGGUGAAGGAUAGGAGGUCGGGGUGAGAGGUCCGGGGUGAGAGGUGAAGGAUAGGAGGUCGGGGUGAGAGGUGAAGGAUA